AUGGCGUACGGUUCAACGGAUUCUCCGUCAGAGGACGAUUCUCUCCUCAAUGGACACCGUGCGGAAGAGAACGGUGAUGGCCCCAAGACAGCAUGGACGCAGGUCAAGGCCUUCUACAGCGAAAACAUUGGCUUGUUCUUUGUGUUUUUGGCACAAAUGUUUGCAUCGAUUAUGGCCAUGACUACUCGUCUGUUAGAGACGGGCUUCGACACCAAGUUCCACGCCCUGCAAAUCAUCUUUGUCCGGAUGAGCAUUACAGCUACCAUUGGUUCUAUAUAUCUUUGGCGAAAGGGCGUUGCCGACUUUCCCUUGGGGCCUCGUGGUGUGCGGGGACUCUUGGUUAUCAGAGGAUUGACUGGCACGGUGGGCUUAUUUGGACUAUAUUACUCGCUGUCGUUUUUGGAUAUUGCCGAUGCAACAGUCAUUACCUUCCUGGUCCCCACGAUUACUGGAUUCGUCUGCUGGGUUGCCUUGCGGGAACCGUUUACAGUGAGAGAAGCGAUUGCAGGCAUCAUUGCCUUCUCGGGCGUCCUCUUUAUUGCCCGCCCAGCUUUCAUCUUUGACAAUCUGCCCGGCCACAAGAAGCCGCAGGGCUCGGCGCACGUCGCAGGCGGCAUCUUUGAUCCGGUGCCAGCAACACCGGCGGAACGAUCUGUGGCUGUCAUCUGUGCUGUUGUGGGAUCUUUCUGUGCUGCCGGAGCGUAUGCUACCAUCCGCGUCAUUGGAAAGAGAGUACAUUCGCUUGUGAGCGUAAACUACUUUGCUGUCCUCUCGACAGUGACGUCGUUUUUGGCUCUCAUUUUGCUGCCGGAUAUUGGCUUCAAGAUGCCAAAAUCUACAGCGCAAUGGUUGCUGCUCUUGUCCAUUGGUCUCUCGGGAUUCUUGCUGCAGGUACUUCUUACCGAGGGCUUGCAGCGGGAGAGAGCGGGACGCGCCACCAACAUGAUUUACACACAGCUUGUUUGUGCGCUGGUCCUAGAGAGAAUCGUAUGGGGUACCACACCACCCGUAGAAAGUUUUGUUGGUAGCGCCCUCAUUAUUGGCGCUGCUGUCUGGGUCGGUCUGCAAAAGAAGAACCCGCAGCCUGUAACUGCGCCAUCGUCUGACGAGGAGGAAGCAUCGUCUGGUGCUGCCGCUAAUACCCCUACUCGUGCUACUGAUCGGCCAAAUGAGCAGACUCGCCUUCUCCAAGAUGAAUAA